GAGACCCUAACGACUAUUGCCACCAAGUCCGCAGUCUUCCUACUGCAGAGUGACUCUUGCACUUCUUUUGCCUUCUCCAAUUUUGUUAGCACUUCUGCAGCUUUUGCGCCAGCUCUAGAAGCAGGAUCUUCUUGAGGCCUUGAGCGGGGCUGUGUAUCAUCUAUUUAGUUAUUGAUCUUCCGCAAAAUCGCAUUCAGUUGACAGUGAACGUCGUGCCCCUUAUAUAUCACCCACGAUUUGGGUGAGGGUUUGCGUUUUGUUGUCUAACUCGUCUCUCCUUUCAAUCUUGAAUUGAUGAGCAAUUGGGUCGUACGAUGGACUUGCCGCGAAUCUCGCCACCCUCGAUAAAUGUACAUGAUUUCACUAGUGGUUCUUAUCACAGCGCUACUGAACGAUCCUCAUAUGCUAUGCCUGGACAAUCAUACUCUUUGCCAGGGCCUAUGCCAAUUCCCGCCAGCUCAAUGAACACAUUUGCUCCGCCGCCACUUCCACCGCCGCCGCGCAUCAGAGACCUAGAAGACGGUUACGAUGCUGGCUGGGUGCAUGCGAAUUCUAAGGGUCCCAGUGCAAAGCUCGCCCCCAUCAAUCCGAAUUCGAGUCUAUUUGGGGGGCAUCGCCGUUUAGAAUCCGGGCCUCAAUCCGAUCGGAUGGCGCUAGACGAUUUGGAUGGCAGACACAGCGGCUUGCCUCUAUCAAGAAGUCCGGAGGCUCACAUACGGAUUGAGCCUCCACCACCAGCGGAUGACGGGUUCCGAAAUUCAAUUCCUAUAAACACCAGCCCUAUUUUGAAAGGCGAGCAGGACUUCUCUCGACGGAGCGUGAAGGACUCGUCUGAUGCAUAUGACCAGCAUCUUCUGUCUAAAAUAGGGAAGCCGCUCUCUCCCCGACAGUCUCUGAGUAUGGGUUCUGAGAAUAGAGGCCCUCUAUCAACACUUCCCUUACCUUCGAGAAAUUAUGGAAGCUUGCCCUCACCUGGUGGCUCUGAUGGCUCUACGCUCGACGUGAGGUGGUCCAUUGGUUCUCAGUCAGGUGGGAUAUCACCUGGGACUAAAGUGGGCUGGAGAGACUAUAUCGGUUGCCGGAGCCCAAGUGUUGAGAGCAGUGCGCCUUCUUCUGCGGUAGACUACGAUAAUCCCAACUAUAUCCGCCGUCGGGGAGGUGGAGCCACGCCGCAAAACGAAGACUCGCUCAGUCUCCCGAGUCGAUCGAACCGGGGAAGCUAUGAUCAAGGUAUAUUCUCAGACAUCGAAGGGGAUUUCUCGACGGAUGAAUCAUUACCACCCCGUUUAUUUAAUGUUCGUGAAGCAACACCGCCAUACCUGGACACAUCCAAGUCCGGCAUGAAAAGACGAGCAUCUUCUCCCCCAAGAGAACCAAUUAGCGAUGAUAGGCACACAAUACAUGUAACGACAAGUAAUGGUGAUCUUUCGCAGCGAAGGACAUCUGGCCAUCCGUUCACGAAUACGUUAUCUGUCAGUAGCGCUUAUGCCCAGAGCCAUGGGAGUAUCUCAGCUGCGUCAUCUUUGAGCCUUCGAACCUCUGGGUCCUACUCGUCAGCAGCUCUUUCAAGCAGCGUUACAAGCGCGUCAGUGUAUGAGCGGUCGCCCGGGGGGCUCUCUCCAAAUUCCGACCUCGAAUCAUUCCACGACAAGUUUCAUCUCAAUCCUACCUCUCCUGGCGGAGUUUCAAACCAAUCGGCAAUGAGAGGUGUUCCGGGGCCUCCUACGCUAGAACCACCCAACUCAAAUGUCGCAAGGAAGAUGUCUUUGCAGACGAGUUUGAACGUACCAAAACAAGCAGGUCCCAAGAUGGGUGGUUUGUUCAUUUGCGACUGCUGUCCCAAGAAACCCAAGAAGUUUGACAGUCCCGAGGAACUUCGCGCACAUGAGAUGGAGAAACAGUAUUCUUGCUUAUUUUGUAACAAUCGGUUCAAAAACAAAAAUGAAGCUGAGCGCCACCAAAACUCGCUUCACUUGCGGCGCCAUUCUUGGUCAUGCGCUGCCCUACCAGGAUACCAGGCUGCGUUCCAUCCUUCGUCUUCUCCUUCAAGCCAAACGAAUACAGGCCCCUCACACGACACCUGUGGUUAUUGUGGUGAAGAAUUCCCUAAUUUUCCUCAACCUGACUGGGACCGCAGGUUCGAGCAUUUGACGACAGUGCAUAAAUUUGGGGAGUGCAAUAACGCAAAGAAAUUCUAUCGCGCGGACCACUUUAGACAACACUUGAAGCACAGUCAUGCUGGAACCAGUGGAAAGUGGACUAACAUUCUGGAGAAUGCCUGUAUGAAAGAGGAAGCGCCUCCUGAACCCAGAAACGCCACUAGCAACGGCGGACCAGGCCCUGCGAUGGGAACAACUGCGACACUUACGUCAAAUAAGAUAAACGAGGUCCUCAGUGGCUGCUGACAACCAUUGCGCCGCUGCUUACUACUGGACCAGGAUUUCUGUGGAGUUACAAUGCUCUGACGCGCUGUAGACGACUGCGAAUUUAUGUUUCCAGGGCACGUCGAUGCUUUCUUCUUUGCCUUUAUCUUACUUUUCUAAGGUUAAAAUACCCACUUUUCCUCGUCAGGAUCACAUUUUACCGAAUCCUGCCCGUUUACUGCUACUCAGAGUAGGCGGGGUGCAAUU